AUGUAUCGGGUUAUUCAAUUCGUUAAAUCAGAAAAAUAUGGAAUAAAAAUUCCAUUGAACGAUGUCAAUGAUCGUUUAUGUGCAAUGUUAGGUGUUUCAUCCCGUUCGAUUGAUAAUCUGAAGAAAGAAUUGAAGGAAAUCGAGAUAGCUAAAGAAAAGUCAUCGCGUAGACUUCGGUCAGGGUCGAAUACAAUUACCAUGGAUGACACAGUGGAGCAACCAAUGUCAGUUAGUGGUCGUCCAAAAAUUCAUUUAUCUGAUUUUGGGAAGGAUAUGAUUCGAUAUGAAUUUCAUCUUUUAUUGGCUGAACGAGCAUAUCCUACAUUGGAUCGCAUGAUGACUCGAUUAUUAGUCGAUUUUCCUGACUUUCCGAUCAAAAAUAAAGAGAAAAUAUGUAUUGUGAUUGGUAAUGCGACAUGGCAUUCCCAACUAACGGAUGCAUCUAAAAUACCAUUGAGAUCUUGGAAUAAAAACCAAAUUCGUCAAUGGUUGAUUGAUCACUCAGUUCCAUUCAUUGAUCAAUAUAGUAAAUCAGAACUUCUUGAAUUGAGUUAUGCGUAUGCACCAGAAAAAGAAUACAUUGUUGAUGAAACAGCCAAACAAUUUGAUAUUGAAAUUAUACGUCUACCAGUUCGUCAUUGUAUACUCAAUCCUAUUGAAAUGUGCUGGACUGAACUUAAGAAAUCCGUUCGAGAUCAAAAUACCACAUUUAAAUUAAAAGAUGUUGAAAAGUUAAUUUGGAAUUGGCUUAACAAUUGUGACUCAACAUUCAUAUCGAAUUGCAUCGAUCACGUACAAGUAUACGAAGAAAAUUUUAAAAAAGCUGAUCAAUUCAUAGAACAAAUCGAGAAUGAACUAAAUGAUGACGAUAAUAUUGAUAAUGACUCCGACUUGACUGAAGAUGAAGAUGAAGAUCAAUAG